CCUUUAGAAUUUAAUUGAAAUAAACUGAUCUACCAUUCUAUUUCAUACUUCUAAAUAUAAAUACACAUUACAAGAUAAUGAUAAACUUACUACCAACCUAUAUUGGAUAGCUAUUAUAGCUCAUCCUUUAUUUGAAACCCUUGCUAAGAUAAUGCUUAGCUUAUUGGAACUUGAAAUCAAACUAAUCUAAACAACCCAAUCUAAACAAUACCAAUCUAAACCACCGAUCCUAAACAAUUAAAACCAAACCAAUUUAAACAAGAAGUGAUAUCAGGAAACGUCAUAUAUUUCUCUUUAGCAACGUGGCUGGCUAUGGAAAUCUUCUUGUCAACGUGGCUAUGCAAGUCUUCUUCCUUAGCAUCGUGGCCAUGCAAGUCUUCAUUCUCUGCAACGUGGUUAUCUGAGGAUGCUUGUAACAUUUUCCCUCAAUGUUAUCUUCAUUUUUAGCUUAUUUAAUGGAAUAGAUCUGACCCCCACCUCACACCGAAAACCCAAAAACUUAUAUAUAAUACCACUCCCAAAAUUCCCACUUCAUAACCUUUUUUCCUUCCAAGUUUAUUGAGCUAAAUAGUACAAUACAAAUGGAGAAAUCUGGGUAUGGGAGAGAUGGGAUAUACAGGUCAAUGAGACCACCAUUAGUGUUACCAAAAGGCCCAAAUCAUUCAAUGGUCACAUUUCUCUUCAGAAACGCAUCCUCGUACCCAAACAAACCUGCUCUCAUAGAUGCGGAAACCUCCGAAACCAUAACUUUCUCACAAUUAAAAUCCACAAUCGCAGUAGUGUCACAAGGAUUGCUCAGCCUAGGCAUCACCAAAAACGACGUUGUCCUCCUCUUCGCUCUGAACUCGAUCCGAUACCCAAUCUGCUUUCUCUCCAUCGUCGCAAUAGGUGCAAUCGCCUCAACAACCAACCCUCUCUACACAACCCAAGAGCUCGCCAAACAGGUCAAGGACUUGAACCCAAAGUUAGUUAUUACAGUUUCUGAAUUGUUGGACAAAGUCAAAGGUUUCAACCUGCCAGCUGUCAUUUUAGGACCAAACUCCAACACCAACAGCAACCUUAAUUCAAACCCAAAAGUUAUCCAUUACAACGAUUUGCUAAACAUUAACCCAUCAUCAUCAGAUUCCGAGCUGAACAUUAACAAUGUUAAGCAAAACGACACCGCCGCGUUGCUGUACUCGUCGGGAACCACGGGGACGAGCAAAGGCGUGAUUUUGAGCCAUGGGAAUUUCAUCGCGGCGUCGCAGAUGGUGACGAUGGAUCAAGAGGUGGCCAGGGAGAGACACAACGUGUACCUGUACGUGUUGCUGAUGUUUCAUGUGUUUGGGCUGGCGGUGAUUCUGUACGCGCAGCUGCAGGCUGGGAGUACGCUGGUUUCGAUGGAGAGGUUUGAGCUGGAGAAGGUGUUGGCGGCGGUGGACAGGUACAGGAUCAGCCAUUUUUGGGUGGUGCCGCCGAUAAUAUUGGCUCUGGCGAAACAGAGUGUGGUGAAGAAGUACGACUUGUCGUCGGUGAAGCAUAUUGGGUCUGCUGCUGCGCCAUUGGGCAAGGAUUUGAUGGAGGAGUGCAAUAGGAAUGUCCCAAACGCUGUCGUUAUGCAGUUGAACUUAUGAAGGAAUCUCAGGAUUGUUGACCAGAGAGACCAUCUUUGUGACAACUGAGUUAGAGUUGCUGGGAAUGGCUAAAUGGCUCUAGUAUGCAGUAUAUCUAGUUAGUGGCUUGUCGAAUUCUUCAGUCUAGGCACUGAAAAUUCAAGAAUACUUCAUUGAGAUAUUACACUUUUGCACUGCUGACAUUCUGGGAAGUUUUUUUUGGCAAUUCAUUGCCUGCCUUGGCUUUUGAUUUUAAAUAUCUUUCUCUUCAUGCUUUUCAUUUUUGUUAGAGCAGCAGGUGAUGGAAAAGUUCCAUUUUUAUUUAGAGCGCUUUUUUC